GAAAUGUGAGUGGCAAAUACAAAGACCCGUUACUAAAGAGGUGCAGUUUUAAUCGUUUGAUGAAAGUACAAAUGUAUUAUUAAAAUUGAAGAUAUGAUAGCAGAGAAUUCCGCGAAAUCCACAGUCAACAUUGAUGCGACCAAGGCGAAAAAAAUAUGGAUUCACUGCAAUUCUUGUUUUGAGCAUUAUGUUAAUGAAAAAGCUGUAAUAUUCUUGCUAGCAUGUCAACACGUUAUAUGUGAGAAAUGCGUUACGGCCAGCUUGGGUCGUAUUCCCGGUGAUGCACCCACCUAUGUGUGCCCGAUUUGCCAAAAGAUGGUGCGUGGCCGCCAGGUAAACAAUGCGUUGCCAUCAAAUCUCAAGGGCAUGUUCCACCCAGCACCAUGGCACGACGGCCUGCAGCACGAUCUCAUCGACUCGUUCCAGAGAGCAAACUUUAGGAAUUUGGAAAAAUUCAUAUUAAAAAAGGAAAAGGAAGAGCAGAAGUUGGAUAAGGACCUAUUACUGGCCCGUGGUGUGUGUCAGAAGCAAUAUUUGGAACAGCAUCGGCUUCGACGAAUGCUAAGAGAGCUUAAGUUUCGUGUGCGUAAGAUAAGUCAACAAGUGAAAAUUAAAAAAAGAAAACUUGCGCAAUUUCGACGGGCGCAGCGUUCCAUUUCAGUUUCUAAAAAAAAAGCUGAAACGCAAAUUACUAAACAUUCAUUGCCAGAAGUAAAGAGUGUGCCCAUAACCAGCUUUGUACAUCACAAUAAUUAUUCUUUUGACUUGUAAAUAUCAAUAAAUACCAAUUGCCAAGUA